AAAAAUUGUGUGGUGAAUUUAAAAUUAUCAAAUUUUUUGUUAAAUUACAUAGUAACUAUUAAAAUCGAAAUAAAUUCAAAGAGCAAACAUGAAAGAUCACACUGGAAUUUGGCCUUUUGUGAUUACAAUAUUACUGACACAUGGAAUUAUAAUGUCUGUAGAUGGAUAUAGCUUUGGGCUGAAGUCCGCAACUAGGAUGCAUUGUGAAUAUCAAUUGGUUGACAAUUAUAAAUGCAAUGCCUACGUAUCAUGUAACUAUGCUGCAAUCAAGGUCCAGUACUGUUCAGCGGAUAUGGUCUUCAAUAGAAAACUACAGAUUUGUGAUACUCCUGAUUCGGUGGAAUGUAAUGCCAGGCCAAAUGUUUUAAAAGCCAAGUGGGAAACUAAUCCAUGUCUCAAUCAAACACAAGGAGUUUCUUUUCCAAGUGAGAUUGAUUGCAAUCAAUACAUUUUAUGUUUGGGUAACGAUCUAUCUUAUGUUGCCAAUUGUCCCGUGGGAUCGUGGUACGAUCCGAAGAAUGGAAGUUGUGGACCGAACGUUUCGCCAACAGCAUGCCUUGAAUCCCAAACAACCAGUACCACUUCCACAACAACACUCAGUCCAAACGAACUUUGUGUUGAUGAAGAAAUUGGAGUGUCAUAUCCAUAUCCACCCGAUUGUCAAAAAUAUGUAGUGUGCUUGGGUAAUGACCAAGGAGCUAUAGUUAAUUGCAUUUACAACACCUGGUUUGAUCCUCUAACUAGCAACUGUGGACCAAAUGUAUCGCCAACAGCAUGUACCGAGGAUAUUAGCACAGCAACAUCGCCCACAAGCACAACCGAGCAGACAAGUACUUUAAGUCCUAGCACAGUGCAGUCUACUACUCCAACUACGACCACCACAGAGUUGCCGCUUCCUGAAGAUAUUUGUGGUGGAUUGAAAAAUGGGGAAUAUGUAUCCUAUCCCGACAACUGCAGCAAAUAUGUUGUGUGUGUGGAGCCAAUUCCCUAUGCAUUUUACUGCACUCCCGGUUACUAUUUCAGCGAGAAUCUUCAGCAAUGCGUGGAUUGGGAGCUCAGUGACUGCCCAGCAACGCAGACGCCGGAAUAUACAACGCCAGGCUCUACUACACCUUCGAUUUGCGAAAACAGCAAUGGAAGUACUUUACCAUAUCCAGAGAACUGUGCUUGGUUCAUACAAUGCAUCAAUGAUAAUGUCUACAUGAUGGGCGUCUGCAAUAGCGCAGAGUAUUACGAUCCAGCAACUGGUAAUUGCAGUGCCAGUGCAUCGCCAGAUGGCUGUCGUGAAUAUAACUCAACAACAACGUUAUCAACACCGACCACAGUUCCACCAACAACAACAACCGAAACACAAACCACAGUUUCGCCAACAACUACUAGCCAAGGGCCUACCACAGAUACGUCAACAACAAUUACCGAAUCCACAACUCCGACAACAACCAUAACAACUACUUUAUCAACAACAACAUCCACCCCAAUUCCUACUACAACUUCUACUACAACAACAACCACAUCUGCUCCAAUCGAUCCCUGCGCGGAUGUUCCUGUGGGCAAGCUAGUGCCUUAUCCGUAUGACUGUACCAAAUUCGUCAGAUGCGAUUACCCUACACCAGUGAUACUCGAUUGUGUCGUGGGUCAAGAGUUCAGCGCCCAACUUGAACGCUGCAUGGCUCCUUGGAUUGCCAACUGCACAGCUAUUGAACCAUAACUAUUUAAAAAAAAGCCAUCGUUAAAGAUAACACUUAACAUACAUACAUUUUACAGCUUCACUUUAUAAUAAGAAACUUACGGCCCUUAAUUAACAAAUUUGUUUAAAAAAAAGACCGAAGACCAACUUAAAUUUUUACAACUUUUAAAUCAAGAAUUUAACUUUUUUGCAAUUUCUA